AUGUCCCCCCCGUAUGCAGGCACCCUGGACAGCUCCGGCGUGGCCUUCGCGGUGGUGGCGCGCACGAAGCUGGACAGCUCCGGCGUGGCCUUCGCGGUGGUGGGCGCGUGCCAGGCCCUGGGGCUCCCCGACGUCCACCUCGCGCUCUCCGAGGACCACGCGUGGGUCGCCUUCGGGGCCGGGGGGCUGCAGACGGCCGAGGUCACGUGGCACGGCAAGGGAAACGAGGACCGCAGGGGGCAGAGCGUGGCCGCGGGAGUGGCCGAGAGGAGCUGGCUGUACCUGAAGGGCUCAUACCUGCGCUGCACGCGGCACAUGGAGGUGGCCUUCAUGGUGUGCGCCAUCAACCCCUCCAUCGACCUGCACACGGACAGCCUGGAGCUGCUGCAGCUCCAGCAGCGCCUGCUCUGGCUGCUCUAUGACAUGGGCCACCUGGAGAGGUACCCCAUGGCUCUGGGCAACCUGGCUGACCUGGAGGAGCUGGAACCCACCCCGGGCAGGCCUGACCCCCUCACCAUCUACCACAAGGGCAUCUCCUCGGCGCGGACCUACUACAACAACGAGCACAUCUACCCCUACAUGUACCUGGCCGGGUACCACUGCCGCAACAAGAACGUCAAGGAGGCGCUGGAGGCCUGGGCCGACACCGCCACCGUCAUCCAGGACUACAACUACUGCCGGGAGGACGAGGAGAUCUACAAGGAGUUCUUUGACGUGGCCAACGACGUCAUCCCCAACCUGCUCAAGGAGGCGGCCAACGCCGAGCCCCCCGGCGAGGGGGACCCCGACGCCCCUCCCACCGCGGCGGGGGCGGGGCCGGUGUCCGCCCUGCAGGACCCCGAGUGCUUCGCGCAUCUCCUGCGCUUCUACGACGGGAUCUGCAAGUGGGAGGAGGGGAGCCCCACGCCCGUGCUGCACGUGGGCUGGGCCACGUUCCUCGUGCAGUCCCUGGGCCGCUUCGACGGGCAGGUCCGCCAGCGGGUGACGCUGGUGUCGCGGGACGCGGAACCCCCCGAGGACGAGGACCCGGGCGGGGACGAGACCCGCGACAGCCGCCGGCGGGGUCCCCGCCGCGAGUCCAAACCGGAGGAGCCGCCGCAGCCCAAGAAGGGCCCGGAGCGGCGGCGGGCGCUAGGACCCCGCAGCGAGGACCCGGCCAGCGCUGUUCCCACCGCCGCCGCCGCCGCCGUUCCCCCUGCGGGUCCGAACGUCGCGGGUUCGAGUCCCGCUUCCUCCAGCUCCGGUACACCGGGACCGGGAUCGGUGGAACCGGCGGGGCCGGUGCUGCUGUUCCAGAGCCAGAAGAUGCGCGGGAUGAAGGAUCUGCUGAGGGCGCCCAAGAUCAAUUCCAGCGCCAUCAAACUGCAGCUCACGGCGCAGUCCCAGGUCCAGCUCAAGAAGCAGAAAGUGGCCCCCAGCGACUACACCUUGGCCUUCCUCAAGCGGCCCCGAAAGGGGCUCUGAG